GUGUGUGUGUGUGUGUGAGUGAGAGAGUGUGUGUGGAGGUGACUUUCUUCUCUAGAAGUCGAGACGAGAGGUGCAGAGCUGAGAGGAGAAGAGAAGCUCUGGGAACCCGAAGGCUCUGGUCAGAGAGAGGGAGAGGGAGAGAGAGAGAGAGUGCAAAGGAGGAGGUAACAGAAACCCACACUCUGAUGCACAUGGUUCCAGUUUUCCGAAGCUGCUUUGUCGAGUCUUCCCAGGAGUGUUGAGUAAAGCCCCCAUAGACAGGAGAUAAGCAUGCAAAUCUUCAGACACAGAGCAGAAACCUGCCUCCUCCUGGCCUUUCUGGCAGUGACAGCUCAUUUCAUCAGUGAGGCACAAGGUCAAGUUCCAUCUCCAACAAGAUUAAGGUUUACUGUAGUGUCUCAGGACAGUGUUAGGAUUGCAUGGAAGUCCCCUAAGGGGAGAUUUCAGGGAUACAGACUAACGGUGACACCAGUAGAAGGUGGUAAAGCGCAGAAAAUUACCCUACAAAAGAGUGAAAAUGCAGCAGUAAUUGAAGGUCUUAUUCCAAACCACGAAUAUAUUGUGCAACUCUUUGCAGUCAGCAACAACAGGGAGAGUUUACCUGCUCAGGGGCGAUUCAGAAUGAAAGUAUCACGGAUCAGGAACAAACCUGGAGAGCCAAAACGGAAAAAGGAUAAACUGACUGACAGUGAUGCAUUGCCAGAGCAAGGUUCACAAUUUACAUGCAAAUCUUCAGCAAUCGCAGACAUUGUGAUUCUUGUGGAUGGCUCCUGGAGUAUUGGCCGACUUAAUUUCCGACUAGUGCGACAGUUUUUGGGAAACUUGGUUAGUGCUUUCAAUGUUGGGUCUGACAAAACAAGAAUAGGCCUGGCUCAAUACAGUGGGGAUCCCAGGAUCGAAUGGUAUCUAAAUCAAUAUGAAACAAAGCAAGCUGUAUUGGAUGCUGCUAGAAAUCUUCCUUAUAAAGGCGGCAACACACUUACAGGGCUUGCCUUAUCCUAUAUCCAGGAGAAUAGCUUCAAACCUGAAGGAGGGGCUAGAACCGGCGUGCCAAAGAUCGGGAUCUUGAUCACUGAUGGGAAGUCUCAAGAUGACGUCAUUCCACCAGCUAAACGCUUACGCGAUGCUGGAAUCGAACUCUUCGCUAUUGGUGUGAAGAAUGCAGAUGUGAAUGAAUUGAAAGCAAUUGCCUCCGAACCAGACAAUACGCAUGUUUACAACGUCGCUGAUUUUAAUAUCAUGAACACAAUCAUUGAGAGCCUCACAAAAACUGUGUGCUCACGUGUGGAAGAGCAGGAUAAAGAAAUAAAAGGAGGCAGUGGAGGUGCAGGAUCAAAUCUGGUAGCUCCCACAAAUCUCGUGACAUCUGAGAUAACACCUCGGGGCUUCCGUGUUAGCUGGACCCACGCCCCUGGGAAAGUGGAGAAGUACCGAGUGGUGUAUUACCCCAGCAGGGGAGGAAAGCCAGAAGAGGUGGUUGUGGAUGGCACAGAGUUAACAGCGGUUCUCCAGAACCUGAUGUCCCUGACCGAAUAUCAGCUCGCAAUCUUUGCCGUGUAUUCAAAUGCUGGCAGUGACGCCCUACGUGGCGUUGAAACUACAUUGGCACUUCCUUCAGCUGCAGAUCUGGAAAUCUAUGAUGUAACACACAGCAGUAUGAGAGUCAAGUGGAAGGCUGCUGAGGCUGCCUCUGGUUACAUGAUACUGUUUGCUGCACUCACAGAAGCACAAGCAGCUGACGAAAAGGAGUUGAAAGUUUCAGGUUCAGUCACCGAUAUAGAACUUGAAGGAUUGUCUCCAAAUACUGAGUAUACAGUAACGGUGUAUGCCAUGUACGGUGAGGAGGCCAGUGAUCCACUGACAGGACAAGACACAACAUUGCCACUCACUCCGCCCAGAAACUUCCAAUUCUCGGAAAUUGGCCACAGCAGUGUCAGGGUCACCUGGGAUUCACCUUCAAAGAAAGCACGAGGAUAUCGCAUCAUGUAUGUGAAAACUGAUGGCAGUGAAAUCAAUGAGGUUGAUGUUUACGAUUCCACUACCAUUUUAUUAAGAAACCUGACCUCACUGACAGAGUACACAGUUGGUAUUUUAUCAAUCUAUGACGAAGGGCAAUCGGACCCAGUUACAGGCAGUUUCACGACAGAGAAUGUCCCAAAUCCUUUGUUCCUCACUGUCAGCGACGCUUCUGUCGACAGCUUCAGGGUUAGUUGGGAGCAUGCUGCAGAUGACAUCACCUUAUACAGAUUAGUGUGGACCCCCUUAAGUGGUGAAGAAUCAAAAGAGCUGGUUUUGAGUGGAGACAUGGAUACUAUCAUUCUUGAUGAUUUGCUACCAAGUACAGAGUAUGAAGUUUCACUCUCUGGGAUUUACAGCGAUGAGGUUGAAAGUGCUGCCGUGGCAGUGCUUGCGACCACAUUUGAGGAGACAACCACAAUCACCAUCACCACAAUUAUGCCAGCAACCACUCGGAUACCUACAACAGCAGUUGUUCGAUCUGGAAUAAGAAACCUAGCUGUGAAUGAUGAAACACCAUUUAGCCUGCAAAUAUCAUGGAACCACGUAGACAACCAUGUUCAGCAGUACAGAGUAUCCUAUGUGACCACGAGAGGUGACCGAGCCGAAGAAGCGGUCAUGGUUCCUGGCAAGCAGAAUAGCCUCCUCCUCCAGCCUCUGCUCUCAGACACAGCGUACAGAAUUACUGUUGCCCCUGUCUAUACUGAUGGAGAAGGAAGCACACUCUCUGUUAACGGCAAGACGUUGGCACUUUCAGGACCAAGGAACCUGCGGGUCUCAGAGGAAUGGUAUAAUCGCUUCCGAAUUAAAUGGGACCCUCCACCAUCAGCGACCAUGGGCUACAGAGUGGUGUACCAGCCUGUCUCUGUACCAGGACCAGCUCUGGAGACCUUUGUAGGAGACGACGUAAAUACAAUGCUGAUUCUCAACUUGAUGAGCAGCACAGAAUACAGUGUCAAGGUGUUUGCAACAUACUCAACUGGUUUCAGUGAUGCACUUACAGGAAAAGCCAAGACAUUAUACCUCGGCGUGACAAAUCUCACUCCAUAUGAAGUGCGAAUGACGAGCAUGUGUGCACAGUGGAAGGUGCACAGACAUGCUACUGCCAACAGAGUGAUUAUUGAAUCUCUUAGAGAUGGAAAGAAGAAUGAAGUGAUUGUUGGUGGAGGUACAUCCUGGCACUGUUUCUACGAGCUCCUUCCUGAUACUGAAUACCGAAUCAGUGUCCACUCUCAGCUGCGAGAAAUUGAAGGCCCGGCCAUCAACAUACUGCACAGAACAUUUUCUGUCCCCACUCAACCACCAACUAAACCAGCCACAACUCUACCUCCCCCAACAAUCCCUCCUGCCCGUGAAGUUUGCAAAGCUGCCAAAGCUAACCUGGUAUUCCUGGUGGAUGGUUCGUGGAGUAUUGGAGAUGAAAACUUCAUCAAAAUCAUCGGCUUUCUCUACAGUACUAUAGGAGCUCUGGACAAGAUUGGCCGUGAAGGAACUCAAGUGGCGAUAAUUCAAUUCAGUGACGAUCCCAGGACAGAAUUUCAGCUGAAUGCAUACAAAGACAAAGAGAACCUCCUUAAUGCCAUCCAGAACAUACAGUACAAGGGGGGCAAUACAAAGACAGGCAAAGCAAUCCAGCACGCCCGAGAUUCUGUCUUCACGGUAGCAGCGGGGCUGCGGAGAGGAAUCCCGAGAGUCCUUGUUGUGAUUACAGAUGGACGGUCACAAGACGACGUGAACAAGAUUUCCAAAGAGAUGCAGCUUGAUGGUUACAGCAUUUUUGCAAUAGGUGUCGCUGAUGCCGACUAUUCUGAGCUUCUAAACAUAGCUAGCAAGCCCAGCCGGCGGCAUGCCUUCUUUGUGGACGAUUUUGAUGCCUUCAAGAAGAUUGAAGAUGAGCUUGUCACAUUUGUCUGUGAAACUGCAUCUGCCACUUGUCCUUUGGUUCUCCUGGGAGACAAUAGCCUGUCAGGGUUUAAGAUGAUGGAGAUGUUUGGGCUGAUGGAGAAGGAGUACGCUACUGUAGAAGGGGUUUCCAUGGAACCUGGCUCUCUCAAUAGCUUCCCUUGUUUCAGAAUUCACAAAGACGCCCUUAUAACACAGCCAACGAAGAGCAUUCAUCCUGAAGGGCUGCCUUCUGAUUACACUAUGACUUUCCUCUUCCGGUUGCUGCCUGACACACCACAGGAACCUUUUGCCCUCUGGGAGAUUCUAAACAAGGAAAAUGAACCACUAGUUGGAGUUAUUUUGGACAAUGGUGGAAAAACUCUCACUUAUUUCAACUACGACUACAAGGGUGAUUUCCAGACAGUCACUUUUGAGGGUCCUGACAUCAAGAAAAUUUUCUAUGGAAGUUUCCACAAGUUGCAUGUGAUUAUCAGCAAGACCCACACCAAGCUGGUUAUUGACUGCAAGCAAGUGGGGGAAAAGCCAACCAGCGCAGCAGGGAACAUCACCACGAAUGGAGUGGAAGUGUUGGGCCGCAUGGUGCGAUCCAGGGGCCCGCGAGACAGCUCUGCACCAUUUCAGCUUCAGGGCUUUGACAUUGCCUGUACCACCUCCUACGCAAACAGGGACAAGUGUUGUGAGCUUCCAGCUAUGAGAGAUGAAGCCAAUUGCCCGGCUCUGCCACAUGCCUGUACUUGUUCCCAGGACAGCAAAGGACCACCAGGGCCUUCAGGACCUCAAGGUGGUCCAGGUUUAAGAGGUGCAAGAGGAGAGCGAGGAGAACCAGGUCAAAGGGGAAUAGAUGGCCCUCGCGGUGAAAUUGGCUCUCCAGGUCCCCAGGGACCGCCCGGUCCACAGGGACCAAAUGGACUUUCCAUUCAAGGACCUCCGGGAACCAUGGGUGAAAAAGGCGACAAAGGAGAUCCUGGUUCCUCAGGCCCACAGGGAAUUCCAGGCGCACCAGGGAUCCCAGGGCGGGAAGGUGCAUCAGGUCAAAGGGGUCCACCUGGUAAAGAUGGUUCUGUAGGGCCACCUGGCUCACAUGGGCCUGCGGGAAGUCCAGGUGCUCCAGGCUCUCCCGGCCAUUCAGGAAGCCCAGGAUCCCAGGGUGGAUUAGGACCACCAGGCUCUUCCGGGUCAAAGGGCGAAAAGGGUCAAAGGGGAGAUAUUCAGUCGCAAACCACGGUCCGUUCGAUUGCUCGGCAAGUGUGCGAGCAGCUUAUCCAGAGUCACAUGGCAAGAUAUAACUCUAUUCUCAACCACGUUCCAAACAACCACGCAACAGUUCGGGCAAACCCAGGGCCUCCUGGCGAGCCUGGGCGCCAAGGACCUCAAGGAACUUCAGGAGAACAAGGACCUCAGGGACGUUCAGGAUUCCCAGGAAAUCCAGGCCUGCCUGGCAGACCAGGAGAAAGAGGUUUGACAGGUGACAAAGGAGAUCGGGGAAGUCCAGGAAUUGGCAAACAAGGACCCAGAGGACCAUCAGGAUCACCAGGACCUCAAGGGGAGGGGCGAACUGGUAGCCAAGGAUCACCUGGUCUUCAAGGCCGACCAGGUACCUCAGGACGUUCUGGAAUCUCUGGUCCAAGAGGUCCCCCUGGUUCACCUGGCUACUGUGAUCCAUCAUCCUGUGCUGGCUACAAUCUCGGAGGUAAUGUUGCUCACAAUGAUCAUCAGCCACGAGCUACGUACUAACUUGAUCUUUCGCAUUCUCCUGGCACCUAGGACAGGUGUGAGGUCUGACCAGCUACUUGCUGCAUCCUGCCUCAUCCAGGCUAAAGGCAAUAAACAGUAACCGUCAUCAUACAGGCACUACCAUCAUUUCCCUUUUAUUUAAACCCAGCUCUGUCAGCAUCCAAAGAUACUGUAUAUUUUUGUAACAAAUGCUAAAGUAAUUGCCUAAUUCCCCUUAACUACAUUUGGCGUUGAACUAAUCGAUCUAACUUUGAACUACUUUUAUGAGUCAGAUCUGUUUUCCGAUAUCCAUCCAUUUUAUUCAUCUGUUUUAUGAUGAAAGAAUUUUUUGCUAAUGAAACUCUUCUUUGUAUUUAAGUGAAACUGAACAUGCCUGGUUGUGAGAAUUUGCUGACACAAAUGGCUGCCAUGUUUGCCUAUAAAAUCCCAGUCACAACACCUGAGAGUAACUGUUUGCAAAAUGCUUUGAGCCGCUGUGACAUCAUCAGGCGCAACUCUCCUUUUUUUGUGCAUUGCUUUUGGCCUUUCGGAGAGACAUUGCUCUCCAAAUUUCAUAAUUAUACUAAUAGGCACUGCCCAUGUUCACAAGUAGCUAAGGUUUGUUACUAUACACCCAAUACUUACCCCAACACACACGCACACAAAAUUGUGUCCACUGCAAUCAGUCCAAAGUGCUGUGCGAGCACCAUUUGAGAAAUCUUGACUGAAAAUCUUUGAAUUCGCACUGAACCCUUCAACCAGUAAUUUAUAUGUAAAAACAAAAAUAAGUCUACCUUUGUGUUGUGCCACUUUCUCUCUACAUCUGGUGCUGGGUUUUCCUCUGUGGUGUCCGUGUGUGCUGGUCUCUGGAGUUCUGUCAGUCUGUGCUGACAUUUAUUAAUGUAGCGCAUUCAAAAAUUACACAUUGAAAUGUACAUCAAGAACCAAGCAGCUUUGAAUUACAAAUAAUGUUCUAAUAUCCUAAUCAUAUUUAAUCUUCUGCCUCCCUCUUGUGCUAACCAUGAAUACUGUUGAUGGUGGUGGGUUAAGGUGGAUACGGUGAUCCAACUGAUCAAGACAUUCCUGUAGUACAAUUACCUCCCAACUCCUACCAAACC